UGUGGUUCUCAGAGCUGCACCGAUCACCGGCAUCCUCUUUCCUUCUCGCCCUUUUCUUUGGGGUUGCAUUCGUUAACUUGAAUAUUCACAUUCGCUAUGAGGAUCUCCCUCUCCACGUUCUUUGGCUGCCUGGCCAGCAGCAGUAUCUUGUCCACAGCCGUGGCACAGACGCAAUGUACCGUCAACACAUCGAUCGACAACUAUGCCCAGUGGUCGAGUAGCCUCAACACCCUGGGCGGGUGGACGAGUGAUGACGGGACGAUGUCGGUCAUCUCCGCCGCCUCAGGAAAGCUCUCGUUUACCCCCAAGUCCGACGGCAGUUCGUACUUUUACACUACGUUUGACUGCAUCGCUGCUCCCGCUUCGCCGGGCACAGCGGCCAUCACGUUCUCCAUCAAGGGCCCGGCGGGCAGCUCGUUCCUCCUGGAGAUCCAGGUGUCGCCCACAUGCUCUGAUGCAUACACCAGUCGGUAUGUGACCGUCUCCGCGAUUCCGGCCGCCGGGAAAACGGUUACCGUUGCUCUCCUGCCCGGUGAGGUCGUGCAGGCUUUCGCCUGGAUGGAUUUCACCCAGGGUGCUUGGGAACUCGGCCAGACGCAGCUGCUGUGUGCGUCUUCGGCGACUACGCCGUCCUCCGCAACGACAUCCGCCGUUUCGUCACUACCGGUUUCUUCGGUACCUGCAUCUUCGGUACCUGCAUCUUCGGCCCCCGCAUCUUCGGCGCCGGCUUCGUCGGUGCCUGCUUCUUCGACGACGUCGGCUCCUACAUCAACCCCCUCCGGCACCUGCAAGAACCUGUUGAUUGACGACUGGGCGUCCCAGUCGAGGCUGACUUUCUUGUACUAUAAUGCCAUGCUUGAGCCCUCCAGCGAUGAUGGAACCAUGAGCUCGGUCGUUGUAUCCAACAAUAGGGUCACCCUCACUCCUGGAACCAAUUCGUACUUCUACUCCCAGUUCGACUGCAUCAGUGCCACCAGCAAGUAUGGCGGUAUCAGUCUGCGUAUCAAAGCUCCCGCCGGAACCACAUUCACGGUUGAGCUUCAGACCAAUGCUGAUUGCACUACCAACAACCCCGUAUCCCUAGACCUGACCACCACACAGCUUGGGUGGACAUUCGACGGCACGGAGAAGGUGUACAACAUCGCUUUCAGCAAGUAUUCCGGCCUGGACACGGGCAAGCUCGUAGCUAUCCUCUUCCAGAGUUUCAGCACAUCUGUGACCAUGGGCCCAAUGGCAUUCUACUGCGGAACCACGAUCAGCGAAUACACGCUCCCAGCGACCACUACCGCCGCGGGACCCACCGCCACUGUACCGGCGACCUCUGCCACCGCCACUCCCUUUGUAAUCGACAACUUCUCCAGCGCCGACACCAACACCUUGGGUCAAUGGCACGGCGGCGACGAUGCCACAGGCAUGUCCAUCUCCGGCGGCAAGCUGACUAUCAACUUCUCGGACAGCGACUACUCCUUCUACACGCAGCUGACGGGCACCUGCCGGGACAUGACCGCCUACAGCAGCGGCUACCUGCACAUCGCCUUCACCGGCAGUGCCAAAUUCAGCAUUGCACUGCAGCAGCACAACAGCGCCUGCGACUCGGAGAUCGCCCCGUUCCCGGAGACCUGGGACGAGGUCUACGCCGAGCGCUACUUCAGCAACGGCCACGUCUACAUCCCGAUCUCGCACUUCAACAUCGUCAAGACCCGAGUGAUCGGUGUCGCCCUCAAGGGCUUCACCGGCACCGCCUCGACCGUCUUCUCGCUCGUCGAGAUCGUCCGCACCGCACCGAGCACCUACACCAUCCCGUCCAAGCUCGCCACCGCACCCCUCGUCUUCGCCUGCACGCGCCCCAACAGCUUCGCCUUCGCCAUCGACGACGGCCAGCCCGAGCUAGCGCAGCAAGUGCUAGAAACCAUCCGCGCAGCAGACAUCAAGGUGACGUUCUUCACAGUGGGCGCGGCACUGCUGGACCCCUCCACCAAUCUGUCGAAUGUGUACAACGAGAUGCUCUCGGAGGGCCACCAGGUCGCGCUGCACAGCUACACGCAUCCGAAGAUGGAGGGACUGCAGACGCUCGCCGAUAUCGACUGGGAGAUCGACAACGAUGUUGCCGCGGUGCAGCAGACGCUGGGCAUCAGCAGCAGCUACUUCCGCCCGCCGUUCGGAAACGUAGGCGCUAGAUUCCGCGAGCGUAUUGCGGCUAAGCUGCCCGGCGGGAAGUUGAUCAACUGGAGUGUUGACGUGCAGGAUUGGCUCUGGGGCGAAUCCUCCACCCCCGAGAAGCAGCUGGAAGCGUUCAGCGCGGACCUGGCGAAGGGCGGGAACCUGGUCGUUCUGCACUACUUGUACCCGAGCACGGUGCAGUACCUGCCGCAGUUCAUUGCGCUCGCGAAGGCUACCGGCAAGCAGCUCAUGCGUGUCGACCAGUGUCUUGAGGAUCCGAAUGCCCCGGCGCUGUAAAAGCGGGAGGUGUAGUGAGUAACGUAGGAUGGGCCCGAUGGGGGGAGGGGGGAAUGUAUUGAGUUAUGGCCUGCGGCCGGAUGUGCGGUAGUUGCUAGUUAUAGUUGUAGUAGUAAAAUGUUCAAGUGCCAG